UCCCCACGUGUCUGUGUUCAGAGUCAACAUGGUACCGACACUAACAGGGAGUUAGACACUACACCUCCACGCACCACAUAUCUGCCCUGUUAGACACGGAUGAGAAAGCUAGACCUGAACGGUGUAGAGUGCAGGUUGGAUCUCUGAGAUCCUGCUGCUCCUGUUUCAGCUCUUCUCCCCUCCUCUCUGUUCACAUCAAUAUGGCAAGCGGGGAUGAUGAUGACCCAAUUAUAGAGGAGAUUGAUGUGUAUCUUGCCAAAAGUCUUGCAGAUAAGCUGUAUCUUUUUCAGUACCCCGUCCGACCAUCCAAUAUGACCUACGAUGAUGUCAACCACUUAUCAGCUCGGAUCAAACCCAAGCAGCAAAAGGUGGAGUUGGAAAUGGCCAUGGACACAAAUAGUCCAAACUACUGUCGCAGCAAAGGAGAGCAGAUAGCUCUGAAUGUGGACGGCACCACUUACGAGGAAACAAACACCUAUUCUGCGAAAAUUAUGGAUAAACAGACCUUCACCUCCAUCCAGGCCACCACCAACACCUCCAGAUACGCUGCUGCUGUGUUUCGCAAAGGAGAGCUUCACGUCACUCCUCUGUCGGGAAUCCUGCAGAUGAGACCGAGCUUCACUUAUCUGGACAAGGCCGACACCAAAACCAGAGAGAGGGAGGCGGCCAAUGAAGGUGGAGACUCCUCCCAGGAUGAAGCUGAGGAGGACGUCAAAGCCAUAACGGUGAGGUUUGCGCGUCCCGAGUCGGAGCAGGCCCGGCAGAGGAGGAUCCAGUCGUACGACUUCCUCCAGAGGAAGCAGGCGGAGGNACUUUAG